CCUUGUCCCACUGCCAUCACAGACCACGCACAGGCAUGAUGGCGGCCUUCAGUGUGGCUCGUAGAAGUUGUAGACUGUUUAGCGGUUUGAGGGUCUCCUCCAGGAGUUUAGCACAGAUCAAAUAUGGCGCAGCAGCAGCGUCCUCACCGCAGUCCGCUCUCCAGCCGGAAUGCCGCUGGUACUCGGUCAAACACCUGUCCGUCAAGGAGAGGAUCGAAGAGAAACGCAAGGCGGCGCUAAUCGGGGGAGGUCAGAAGAGAAUAGAUGCACAACACAAAAGGGGCAAGCUGACCGCCAGGGAACGAGUGGAACUCCUGCUGGACCUCGAGUCCUUUGUGGAGACGGACAUGUUUGUGGAACACCGCUGUUCUGACUUUGGUAUGGAGCAGGACGGCAACAAGUUUCCUGGUGACAGUGUUGUGACUGGCCGAGGCAGGAUCAACGGGAGGCUGGUGUAUGUGUUCAGCCAGGACUUCACAGUGUUUGGUGGCAGCUUGUCUGGUGCUCAUGCACAGAAGAUCUGCAAGGUCAUGGAUCAGGCCAUGACAGUCGGGGCUCCUGUGAUCGGACUAAACGACUCUGGAGGAGCUCGUAUCCAGGAAGGAGUGGAGUCCCUGGCCGGAUAUGCAGAUAUAUUUCUGAGAAAUGUGUUGGCUUCAGGAGUCAUCCCUCAGAUCUCCCUCAUCAUGGGCCCCUGUGCAGGAGGUGCGGUGUACUCCCCUGCCCUCACAGAUUUCACCUUCAUGGUUAAGGACACGUCGUACCUGUUCAUCACAGGACCAGAUGUUGUGAAGUCUGUGACCAACGAAGACGUGACACAGGAGGAGCUCGGGGGGGCCAAAACUCACACCACUGUUUCUGGUGUGGCUCAUCGGGCUUUUGAGAAUGAUGUCGAGGCUUUGUUAAACCUACGUGAGUUCUUCAACUUCCUUCCACUUAGUAAUCAGGAUCCAGCGCCCAUCAGGGAGUGCAAUGACCCCAGCGAUCGUCUGGUGAAAUCGUUGGACACCAUCGUCCCGUUUGAGUCGACAAAAGCCUACGACAUGUUGGACAUCAUCCACACAAUAGUGGAUGAGAGGGACUUCUUUGAGAUCAUGCCCAACUACGCUAAAAACAUCGUGGUCGGAUUUGCCCGAAUGAAUGGGCGCACCGUGGGGAUUGUGGGUAAUCAGCCUAAAGUAGCUUCUGGCUGUUUGGACAUCAACUCCUCCGUGAAAGGAGCCCGUUUUGUUCGCUUCUGUGACGCCUUCAACAUUCCCAUCAUCACUUUUGUGGAUGUUCCAGGUUUUCUGCCAGGUACCACUCAAGAGUAUGGAGGCAUCAUCAGACAUGGAGCCAAACUGCUGUACGCCUACGCGGAGGCCACAGUGCCAAAAAUAACCGUCAUCACCAGGAAGGCGUACGGAGGAGCCUAUGAUGUAAUGAGCUCCAAACACUUAAGGGGAGAUGUGAACUACGCCUGGCCAACGGCCGAAGUUGCUGUCAUGGGUGCCAAGGGUGCUGUUCAGAUCAUCUUCAGAGGAAAGGAAAACCAGGCUGAGGCAGAGGCCGAAUAUGUGGAGAAGUUUGCCAAUCCCUUCCCAGCUGCGGUCAGAGGUUUUGUCGAUGACAUCAUCGAGCCCGCGACCACCCGUAAGAAGAUCUGCAGUGAUCUGGAGGUGCUGGCCAGCAAGAAGCAGGUCAAUCCGUGGAAGAAGCACGCCAACAUUCCUCUGUGAAACACUUCCAACCCAGCAGCACGAUGGAAACACACCCGUUUUUGUUCCGCGUUCAGAUAAACUGUCGGGGUUCCUCGGGAAGCCCGCCAAGCAGAUGGUAGUCACAUUUGUUUACCACUCCACUGAAAGCAUCGAGAUCUUUUGCCUCAUUUCGUCUUCCACAUCAGGAAGUUACUGAUACACAAGAUUUGGAUAAAAGAAAAUGAAUUUCAGGGAUCAUGUCAGCAGGAGCCACAUUAUCAACUGUCUUUUUGAACAAAACUGUAUCCAGAAACUAUAUAGUCAAUUUAUUUGUCUUCUAGAGCGUCAGUGUGCUACAGUUAGCUUCUUUCAUUCAGGUCAUGAAGUCCGAGCUGUGCCUUUUCUCUCCAGCGCCCCCUGUAAAAUAAAUUAUCUCAGUGUA